AUGGCUCCCGCUGCAUCAUCCGCUGCCAAGAAAGGGUCAUCUCUAAAGCUGUUAACAACGAAGUUGAAGGACGUCCAAUCAUCAUUCAACGAUAUCUGGCAGUUCGUAGAGAACUUCACGGAAGAGGCUACAAUCACCGAAGCGGAGAUACGCCUGCAGAAACUCGACGAGCUGUGGGAAAGAUUUGGUGACAUUCUAGUUGAAAUCAAAUCUCACGAUGACUAUCCUGCCGAUGGGGACGGUUAUGAAAAGGAACGAAAGGAGUUCAGCGACUACUACUAUAGGGCGAAAUCGUUUCUCUUGGAUCGGGUCAAAGAGCGACAGGAGCAUUCGAGUUUGGAACAGUCCCUCCCUGUCGGGGACACGACGAUGCAGGGUACGUUGGAUCACGUGCGGCUCCCGCAGAUAAAGCUACAGUCUUUCAACGGGGACAUCGACGAGUGGCUGAGUUUCCGGGACCUUUUUACAUCCUUAAUCCAUUGGAAGUCUGACUUACCGGAAGUGGAAAAGUUCCACUACCUCAAGGGGUGUCUGCAGGGCGAACCAAAGAGCCUAAUUGACCCUUUGCAGACCACAAAGGCAAAUUAUCUAAUUGCCUGGGACAUGCUGUUGAAACGGUACAACAACAGCAAGCUGCUGAAAAAGCGACAGGUGGAGUCGCUGUUCAAGUUGCCCAGCCUUUCGAAGGAGUCCGCUUCAGAACUACACAUUCUGUUGGAAGGUUUUGAGAGAGUCAUCCAAACGCUUGAUCAAACUGUGCAGCCUGGAGAUUAUAAGGACCUCCUGCUAAUCAAUCUUCUCACCGUGCGGCUGGAUCCAGUAACCCGUAGAGGGUGGGAAGAAUGUUCGGCUAGCAAGGAGACGGAUACACUGAAGGAUCUGACAGAGUUUCUGCAUCGUCGAGUUCAGGUACUGGAGUCGAUACCACCAAGAUCAAUGGAUAACAGGGGCAUCCAUCAGUCACAAGCGCCUUCGAAACAGAAGCCGCCUAAUGUGAAAACCAGCUACAGCACAGCACAAUCGUCUGGGGGACGCUGUGUGGCAUGUGCGGCAAACCAUCUGCUGUAUCAGUGCGGUUCAUUUCAGCGGAUGUUGGUGGCGGAACGAGACGCAUUACUUCGGACUCAUUCACUCUGCCGAAACUGCUUCCGACAGGGUCACCAAGCAAGGGAUUGUCAGUCCAAAUUCUCGUGCCGCAAUUGCAAGGGUCGGCAUCAUACCAUGGUCUGCUUCAAACGCGAGAAAGAUAGCAACGGCAAGGGAUCAAUCGUUGCAAAUGAUGGAACCUCUACUACUGCGAAGGAACCUCAAGCUUCUUCCAUCCAAGGGGCUAAUCUUGCAGCUACCGACGUGUCAGCAUCCAAUCCAGCUCAGCAAUUUUCGUCACAGGUGCUGUUGGCUACUGCGGUAAUCGUUGUCGAGGAUGAUGAUGGUAGACAUAUUCCAGCUCGUGCUCUGUUGGACUCGGGAUCAGAGAGUAAUUUUAUUACGGAGCGGUUGAGUCAACGAUUGAAAGUUAAACGGCAGAGAGUAGAUAUUUCGGUGCUCGGAAUCGGCCAGGCCGGCACUAAGGUCAAGCAGCGGAUUUUAACAACGAUUCGGUCACGAGUUUCCGAUUUUUCACGAGAAAUGAGCUUUCUCGUAUUGCCAAAGGUAACUGUAAAUCUACCUACGGCUACGAUCAACGCAACAGGAUGGGCAAUUCCAAAUGGCGUUCAAUUGGCCGAUCCGUCAUUCUAUGUUUCCAAGGGUGUGGACAUAGUACUCGGCAUUGAAGCCUUUUUCGACUUCUUCAUAACUGGUCAGAAAAUUUCACUUGGUGAGCAAAUGCCAGCUAUAAACGAGUCGGUGUUUGGAUGGGUGGUGUGCGGUGGUCUGUCAGUUCCCAAUCAAUCGCUACAGAUCAACUGCAAUUUAUCUAUGUCGGAUAGCCUGGAUGCGCUACUGGCACGAUUUUGGGACUGUGAAGAAAUAGAAUCGGUGGUAAACUAUUCUCCGGAGGAAGUGCGCUGUGAGGCAUUAUUCGCACAAACGGUCCAACGUGGAACAGAUGGACGGUAUACUGUUUCUCUACCGAAGGACGAAGAAAUUCUUGCACGGAUGGGCGAUUCAAGGGACAUCGCAUUCCGACGGCUCCUGGGAACGGAGCGCAGGUUAGCAAGGAACGCUGACUUGAAGGAACAGUACGUUUCGUUUAUGGACGAGUAUUGUCGUUUGGGACACAUGAAAAGGGUCGAGAUUAAUCCGCACGAUACAAUCAAGCGUUGCUAUCUACCACAUCAUCCGGUGGUUAAGGAGGCAAGCACGACCACAAAGGUUCGAGUGGUCUUUGACGCAUCUUGCAAAACUUCGUCGGGCAUCUCGUUGAACGAUGUACUACUGGUGGGGCCGGUGAUUCAGGAGGAUUUACGGUCGAUAAUCAUGAGAUGCAGAACCAAGCAAAUCAUGAUUGUAGCCGACGUCGAAAAAAUGUUUCGGCAAAUAGAUGUCAAACAGGAGGAGAGACCACUGCAAUGUAUUCUUUGGCGCCCAUCGCCUGCGGAUGAUGUAGCAACGUACGAACUUAAUACGGUAACCUACGGUACCAAACCAGCACCGUUCCUAGCAACGCGCACACUAAAGCAACUAGCGUUAGAUGAAGAAAUUCGAUUUCCGUUGGCAGCCCAGGCAGCUAUCAAGGACACGUACAUGGAUGACGUGUUAACAGGAUCGGACAACGUUGAAGAAGCGAUCAAGCUACGAAUUCAAUUAGAUGAGAUGAUGUCCAGCGGGGGAUUUCGUCUCAGGAAAUGGGCUUCCAACGCAGCUCCAGUUUUGGAUGGAAUCGCUGAAGAAACCUUAGCGAUACGCGAUGCUGAUGAGAUCCACUUGGACCCAGACCCCUCAGUGAAAACCUUGGGACUUACAUGGUUGCCAAAUACCGAUGUUUUCAGGUUCCAGUUCAAUAUUCCGACGCCUGAUACUGUGGAUGGCUUCUCCAAACGUCGUAUUCUUUCGAUAAUAGCCACACUGUUUGACCCAUUGGGACUCAUAGGAGCCACCAUCACAACCGCCAAGCUGUUCAUGCAGCUUUUAUGGACGCUGAGAGACGAGGAUGGCAACAGGUUAGACUGGGAUCAACCUAUACCACCAACGGUGGGUGAGAAUUGGCGAAAGUUCCGCCUCCAGUUACCGUUAUUGAACGAGAUACGAAUUAACCGAAGUGUGAUUCUACCUAGUGCGGUGGCAAUAGAGUUACACUGCUUCUCGGAUGCUUCUGAGAAGGCAUAUGGAGCGUGCAUUUACAUUCGGAGCCAAGAUGCAGAAGGGAAGGUGGCGGUUCGUCUGUUAGCAUCCAAAUCGAGGGUUGCCCCUUUAAAAUGCCAAACGAUACCGAGACUUGAGCUUUGUGGAGCGCUCAUAGCUGCUCAAUUGUAUGAGAAGGUACAGAAGUCUGUUCGAAUCAACUCUCCCGUUUUCUUCUGGACAGAUUCCACUUGUGUGUUGCGGUGGAUUAAAGCGGUACCAUCUACGUGGAUCACGUUUAUUGCCAACAGGGUGGCGAAAAUACAAAACCUAACGGAACAUGGGGAAUGGCGUCAUGUUCCCGGAAUACAUAAUCCUGCUGAUUUGAUCUCCAGGGGAAUUUCCCCACAAGAUAUUAUAAAUAACGAAUCCUGGUGGAAUGGUCCAUCCUGGUUGGCAGAAGCUCGUGAUCAGUGGCCCCAGUAUCCUGGCGAUUUGAAUAGCGAGGAGGAAGAAGAGGAAAGGCGUCGUACGGUGAUUGCAGCUCCAGCUUCAUCAGUGACAGAAUUCAACGAUUGGUAUAUCGGUAAAUUUUCGUCAUAUUCGGAAAUGGUACGACGGACAGCAAUUUGGUUGCGACUAAUGAAGUUACUGCGCACGCCGAAGGAAGACCGUCAAUCAGGGUUUCUCACUAGUAUCGAGCUACGGGAAGCAGAAUGUGUUUUAGUUCGCCGUGUGCAGUUAGAGGCUUUCUCCAAGGAGUGGAAGGCACUAUCAAAGGGCGAGCCGGUACCAGGUCAAUCACCGUUACGGUGGUACAAUCCAAUCAUCGCCGAAGAUCGUCUCAUCAGGUUGGGUGGAAGAUUAAGGCACUCCAAGGAAUCAGAAGAGACUAAACACCCCAUGGCACUCCCAGCUCGCCAUCGCUUCACUCGCAUGUUGCUGCAACACUAUCAUGAGCGGUUACUUCAUGCUGGACCUCAACUGCUUUUGAGCGUCGUUAAACUCCGCUUCUGGCCUUUGCGUGGGAGAGAUAUGGCAAGGCAGAUAGUGCACAAGUGCCAGAGAUGCUUUAGAUCGAAACCUACACCCGUGAAGCAGUUCAUGGGAGAACUACCAGAGGCUCGGGUGACAGUCUCUCGCCCAUUCUCAAAAACGGGGGUAGACUACUUUGGACCAAUUUAUUUAAGACCUGUUCCCAGGCGAGCGGCGGUGAAGGCGUACGUCGCAAUUUUCAUCUGUCUAUGCACAAAGGCAGUGCACAUGGAGCUCGUUUCGGACCUCUCUACCGACCGGUUCCUGCAAGCACUUCGUAGGUUUGUGGCAAGGAGGGGUAGAUGCACCGACCUUUAUUCCGACAAUGGUACCAAUUUUGUCGGAGCACGAAACAAACUGCUGGAGUUCUUGGAGUUACAAAAUAGCAAGCAACACCGGGACAAGGUGUCCAAGUUCUGUGCGGACGAAGGCAUGCGGUGGCAUUUCAGCCCUCCAAGUGCCCCGCAUUUCGGAGGACUGUGGGAAGCAGCAGUCCGUUCGGCCAAACAUCAUAUUCUGCGAGUCCUUGGAAAUAAUCCAGUCACGCCGGAGGAUAUGAACACGUUGCUGAUUCAGGUGGAAGGAUGCUUGAAUUCCAGACCAAUUACAGCUCUUUCUACUGACCCAAACGAUCUGGAACCAUUGACACCGGCACAUUUUUUGGUAGGAACGUCAUUACAGUCCAUUCCUGAACCCGAAUACGAAGACAUCCAAACAAACCGUCUGAACCGAUGGCAGCUGAUGCAGCGAAACCUUCAAGAUUUCUGGACGAGAUGGCGAAGGGAGUAUUUGUCUCAGCUCCAAUCUCGAAUAAAACGUUGGCGCCCGCCGAUACAAGUGGAAGUGGGAAAGCUUGUUAUCAUACAGGACGAUAAUCAACCUCCCCUACGCUGGAAGAUGGGAAGAAUACACGCCAUUCAUCCUGGAGACGACGGGGUCGUGCGGGUGGUGACACUAAAAACAGCCACCGGCAUGCUGACUCGACCAGUUGAGAAAAUAUGCAUCUUACCUGCAGCAGAAUUCGUCGACGAUGCUGAGUCAGGUGAUCAUCAAGAUUAG